ACCAUAACAAAGUAACUCUAGUGAUGCUCCGUUCCCAUUAAGUUGAGGUGUUAACUGCACACUCGAUACCUAUGCUCAAGGAUUUUCAACCUCUCUAAGAGCGUAACAAGGAAACAACUGCGUUAUCAACAACGCCUACGCUACGGGUCAGGUGGUGUUGAGAGCUCCUUGACACAUCGAAAAUUUCUCCAGGAAAAAGUAGUGCGGUCUUGAGAUCUUUUUCUAUUUUAAUUUAAUAUGGAUUAUAAUGGAGCUGCCUUGGUUGCAAUGGUAGGAAAAGAAUGCGUGGCCAUCGCGUCCGAUACUAGAUUAGGUGUUCAGUUUCAAACUGUUUCAACAAAGUUUCAAAAGAUUUUUCAGAUGGGUAAGCGGCUUAUGCUGGGCCUCGCUGGUUUAGCCACGGAUGUUCAAACCAUGAAGGAACGUAUAGACUUCAGAUUAAAACUUUAUACUUUAAGAGAAAACCGUGAGAUAAAACCUAAAGCCUUUAUGAAUCUUGUCUCUUCUAUGUUGUAUGAAAAGAGGUUUGGCCCGUACUUUAUCAAUCCAGUUAUUGCAGGUUUGGAUAAUGAGGGUAAACCUUUUAUAUCCACAGCUGAUCUUAUCGGUUGCUCCACGGAAUCUACUAGCUUUGUGGUUAGCGGCACUUGCUCUGAGAAUCUAUAUGGCAUGUGCGAGUCACUUUGGGAGCCUGACUUGGAACCGGAAGAUCUGUUUGAAACAAUUUCUCAAGCUCUAUUAAAUGCAGUUGACCGAGACGCUUAUAGUGGCUGGGGUGCCGUUGUUCAUAUCAUCGAAAAGGACAAAAUCACCAGCAAAAUUUUAAAGGUUCGACCGGAUUAAAACCAGCACUCUUCCGUAACACCGGGCCUAACGUACUUAUCUAAUAAACUGUUCAGCUUAUUUCUCUGUUCCUUGCAAGUUUCCGCCUUUAUCCAAGCCGCCAAGCUCUGGUAAGCACUUAGGGCUGUCAUCAGAGCUCCACAACUCAUCCUCAAAGUCGUUGUCAAUAUUAUAACUAUCCGCAGCGUGUUUUUCCGUUUCCUCCUCCGUGCUGCUGUCAUCGCUUACCUUUUCCCCAAUAACUUUUUGUCUAGCGUAAAAAAGGCAUAGCAGCUCCGCAGCCAGAACGCUCUUAUAAAAAUCAAACCUCUUCCGGCGCUCUCUCCUUUCCUUCUGACUGAACUUCCUUUUGGUGACUACUGCGGUGGUGGGCCUCACAAAGUCCUCACCAUCCUAAAAAUCCCGGCAGGUUCUUAUAGUAAACUUAUACAAACAUCAGUAAAAUAUUUACUUCUGAUGUCCUUGA